AUGGAAUGGGUGAGGACUUCAAGACAAAAUGCAGCCAUGUUUCUCCUAGAUUUUGAAAAAGCUUAUGACAGGGUAGAAUGGGGCUUUAUUCUGACUAUGUUAGAAGCUUUUGGUUUUCCAGCAGAAUUCUGUAAAUGGAUUAUGGUUUUGCUCAAAGAUGCUUCAGCUCAGGUUGAAGUUAACGGAUCCCUGACUCAAAACAUUUCUCUAGGCAAGUCCAUUAGACAAGGUUGCCCCUUAGCCCCUGCUCUCUUCGUUAUUGCAGCCGAUGCCCUGUUCUACAUUCUUAGAGACUCUACUAUCUCUCCUAAAGUUCAGGGAAUCCUACUUCCAAAUGGGGAAGAAUUGAUCAAUGCACAAUUUUCUGAUGACACAACACUCUUUUGA